AUGAGGGAAAUCUGUUACACGGAGGAAAUAUGGAGAUGUAAAUACAGACAGAGCUGGCCUGCCUUUUAUUCCCAGCUCAAUAGCCGCACACCAGCAUCAUGGAAAAGACAGUUUCAGGUACAUUACUCUUGCAUAAGAAAUGUUGAGCAUUUCCUUAGUCAUCUUACAGAAACUUGUUACAAAUAUGAAGAAGUACCUGAGAAAAUGUUUGUCAACCUUACAAAUUUCAUUGAGGAAGACCCAUAUCAUGAGCAGUGCAUUAUUGACUAUCUUGAAAAACUUCUUCAGAAUCCAGAUGAAGAACAAACACUGACCAAACAGUACUAUUGUGGUAAGCUUCUGCUCCAUCUUCGGCAUAGAGUUUUGAGGAAAGCCUGGUAUGAAUAUAUGGCACGACCAGUUUAUGCACAAAAAUUGGAAAUAGGAACAAUAUUGGUUCAUGACUGGCAUACAUAUAAAAAGUCAACAGAUAUUGAAAAUGUUUCACAGAAAUUGGACAAUCUUGCCUUAGAAGUCAUCAAGGAACUCUGCAAAUACUGCCCUGAUCACCCUGUCAUCAAACACGGCAUCUGUGAUAUUACUGAGACUCACUUAUGGAAUUCAAGAGAGACCCAUGAUAUAUUAGCAGCUAUCAACAUUGUCUUGUAUAAGAAACAUGUUUUUUAUGCUGAAGAAUAUACUUCAAUGGAUCUUCUUGAUAUCAACAAGGUUAUGUCUACAAAACGUUGUUUACGAUGGAUCCUUACUGUGAUUUACCAAACUGUAGCCCGUCGCCUUGGUGUUUUACUUCAACCAGUUCCUCCCUUUAUGCAGCUACUUCGAUGGCAAGAACACCCUCAAGAAGAAGAAAGUUAUAAGCAAUAUACAUACUUGAAUACUAAUGAAAAUGGUCGCUUCUUGAGUGAAACCCAGCGCUAUCACAUACAUUAUGAAGAUCCUAACUUCCCGCCAAAAACGUGGUUUCAUAAUAUUGCUUCUAAACUUCUCAGAAUGGGUCGGACAGGAGAAAGCAGUUUGAUGGUUCGGAAUUACUUGAAAUUGACAAUUCUGCUGGACCCUGAUGAUUUGGACAUGUUGGCUGUCUGGGCUGAAUGUAAUUUGAGGGCACAGAUCAAUCUAGAUCAGGUUAUGCUCAGUGCCCAAAAGCUGUCACAAUCAAACAUUCACAGAUAUCAGUGUUUAGGAGAAAAACUGAACAGAUGCAUUUUGGAAGAACUUUCCAAAAAUGUGGAUGACAAACCAAUCAAACCUAAAAGAAGAGCUGAUUAUUUAGAAGUUGAAUUUUCAGUUGGAUUAAUAAUGAAGCACAAAAGAUAUGAUUAUAUGUGUGUUGUGACUGGUUGGGACAGGAAAUGUAUGGCAUCUUUGGAAUGGAUCCAGCGAAUGGGUGUGGAUCGGUUGGAAAGAAAAGACCACCAGCCAUUCUACAACGUACUUGUUAAUGAUGGCAGCAAUAGAUAUGCUGCUCAAGAGAGUCUGGAAAUGCCAACUCAUGGAGAAGUAAUCAACCAUAUGGAUAUUGGGCGUUAUUUCCAAAAAUACUGUGAUAUCUAUUACCUUCCUAACAAACAGUCCCAAGAGGAAUAUCCGGAUGAUCUUGCUGUUACCUUGAGAAUAAUUCAGACUACAUAUGGCUGCCUCUAA